UACCUCGUAUUAUAAACGGUUUCUCUCCGUGUAUCUGUGUAAAUUUCUUUCUCACUAUAUUUGUUGAAUACUCUUAGAUCGGUUGACGUUUGUGGUGAUGAAAACAAACUUGGAGAAAUUUAUACAAAAGAAAAAAGCAGUGGAAAUUACAAGUGAUUACAAGAUUCGCAUCAAAAAACGAGUUAACGAUUUUUAUUAAUUAGAUGAUGUAUGGAUACCGAUAGAGCAUUUUAAAAUGCUGAAAUAUUUUAAGAAGCGAAAAGGACUGCGCCGCCAAGCAACGGGGACACAUGUCCCUUUUGGAAAAUCAUGUGGCGAUCUAACAGUAACUGGAUUAGAUAUUGAAAAUAAACGGCACUCUUUACAUUCAUCCUCCAGUUUUUGCGACGAAAUGCUAUCGCAAAUAGGUGCAGAAGUCGAUGCAAAUGAUGGAAUUGAAAUUUCUUGGGGAAGCAGUGUUGAUAUUUUUCGAUAUAAAUCUCGUCUGGCGAUGUCAAUUUCGUCAAUAGUAAGUGAUCCAAAUUGUCUUACUUAUUUCGUACAAUUUUUGGACACUAUGAAUGCACUCCCUUUACUAAAAUUUUACCUUGAUACUGAAAAUUUUAAAACUGCUGCACUUGGUCACUUAAAAGCAGAACAACAAAGUGAUGAGCAAGGAACAUUAGGAAGUAAGAAAGAGUUGCAGGAAUGUAAGGACUUUAAAACACUGGCUCGAAUAGACUUAGAAAAUAAGGAUGAAAUAAACGCUACAUGUACUCAAGAUGAUGAUAAAGUACCUGAAUUAAAAAGCUUUUUCGAUUUAUCUAUGCGCCAGCCUCUUACAGACGAUGAAAAAAGUCAAAUCUACGCCGAAACUAAUAAGCAAAUAUAUCAAUGUACAGAAAAUACGCGUACAAAUAAUAAAAAUAAUAAUCGUACAAAAAAUUCAAAAGAGAAAAAUAUCGAUUGCUUAUAUGAAGGCGGUGAAAAUAAACUAUGCUCUGAUGUAUCCAAUGCUCGAAUUGCUACUGAAAAAUGUAUAAACCCCGCUAGCGUGAAUGAUGCAAUUGCAAUAUAUCAAAAAUAUUUAAUUGCGGAUGCAAAUCAGUUUAUCUCAUUACCUGUCGAUAUUUUAUCUGAAAUAUCAUUAAUUAUAUGUCAACGAGCUGAAAUUGAAAAAGAAACUUAUUCGCCAAAUCAAUCAAAAGUUGAAUCCAUGCCUACAAUUCCGCCAACUUGCUUCGUUGAAGCACAGUGUUAUGUUUUAGAUCAUUUAGAGAGAGUGUAUCUAAAUGAAUUUUUGCAGAGCUCUUUUUACGGCAAAUACAGUGUUGAAUUAAUAGAAAAUGGUAACCCGGAGUUGUCCAUAUAUGAUAUUCUUUAUAGUGAAGCCACAUUAUUCUUCUUCAUGGAAUUUCUUGAACAACACAAUGAACGUGAAUGCCUCGACUUCUGGACAUCAGCCAUAAAUUAUCGCAAAAGUUACAUAAGUGCGGACAGAGAUACAGAAAAUGCCAGUCUUCAGAAAACAGAUACAUCAAACAUUCCAAACAUUGCUCAAUUAGAAGCUCAGGGCGACGCAAUGAUAAUCUAUGAAAAAUUUUUCUCGCUGCAGUCUGAGGACCGUUUUUGGUUAUCAGAUCGGCUUCGAAGUCAAGUUGAAGAACGUAUUUGCGCUGCUGAUCGAGUGGCGUAUUGUUUUGAUUUAGCUUUACAGUUGGUAGCGAAAUAUUUGGAGCGUAAAUAUUUUCAAGACUUCCUAAAAUCGCAACUCUUUCAGAACUACUUAAAUGAGCUUAAGUUCAAAAUACACGAAGUGAAUGUUUCAGCAAGAACAACGGAUGACGACAAAGUAACGUCUUCUGCUACAGCUGGUAAGAGUUUUAGUAAAACUCUUCAUCGAAAAACCCUUUCAGAUUGUAGUGAUGGAAGUAGGCGUGAAGUUUUCAGACACAACACUUUAUUGGCGAUGGACGGUAACAAAUUGCCACAAACAAGAAUAAAAGGUAUUCAACAAGGGACUGGUUCUGCUAUUCAUAUUGAUGCUCGUCAUUUACUAAAUCCAAACUUAUUAUGGCGUCGAUCGCAAUCAGUAGAUGGAGUAGCUCUUAAAUUUGGUCACAUUAACGAAUUAGGGCGCUAUGAACGUGAUUUCGAGGCAGUUGAUGAUGUAGGAGGUGAGGCGGCGAGUAGUAGUAGACAAAAUUGGCCACUAAGACUGAGUGGCAACAAGAUUAAAAGUGCAAUGAGAAAACUGGUUCACCUGCCAGAAGAAAAGGUUCAAGAAGAAAUUGCAUGGCAAGUUGCAGAAAUGAUAAUUAAGGAUGUGACAAGUGUAACUUUAGGGCACGAUCAAAAAAAAUUCCACUCCAGCUACUAACAACAAGAAAGAAAACAAAUACUAAAAGAAUUUGAUUGUGCACUUUAAGUUCAUAUUUGGAGUUCUUAGACUAAGACUGCAAAGUCUUAAGUGCUUAUUAAAUCUCGAUUAAUGAUUGGCUAGUCAAAAUUCUUUAAGAGAAUGCCUCACAAGGUAUGUUUUCAGUCAAUAAAAAUUUGUAUAGGCAGUAAAUUCGUAAAUGUAUACAUAAAGUACAUAAGCUUAUGUUUCAAUACUUCAGAAGAGCCUAAAAAUUGAACGCAAUGUAACUGUAAAAACUCACUUGAAACAUCAUGUAUAAGUACAUAUACCAUAUGUAAUGUUAAACACACGGAUAUGUGACCAAGUUAAGUUAAUCUGAAAUAUUUGUGGAAUGUAAAGAGCAAAAUGACAUUUUAUAGUUUUUUUUUUUAUAUAAUUUAAAGUUAUAAAUUAAGCUGUUUUUCCAUAUUUAUACUAAACCAAUAAUAUACUCAUGUUUUUAUUGUAUUAAUUUUUUUACUUAUAUCAGUAGAUAAUGGUAAUCUUCUGAACUGUAUCAAGUAGCCAUAAAAAGCAUGUAAUAGAUAUAGUUUUUAUGAUUUUCGUUGUAAUCGCACAAAACAAUCGCUAGCCGGACAUAUAUUCAGGUAUUUCCAUUAGUAAAACUGUCUCAAAUAUACUUGUGUUACUGAUCCAUUGUAGCUUAUUAAAAA